CUUGUUUUGAAUCAAGUCUGGUGUAUGUGUGUACAUGUCCAUUCGAAACCGAAAGUUCUCUAAUUAGCUGUACUGUUUUAGACUGUAAAAAUGAGUUCUGAGGAACUAAAUACUACCUCCACGAUUAAUUUUAUUUUGGAAGGAGGUCUUAAACUUAGAUGCAUAUCAUCGACAAUUGCAAAAGCAAUGCUUUUUGCCCAUCAGUUCAUACGAUGUGCAGAUAAAGUUUCAUAUGAUCCAGCUAUGCUUGCUGCUGCUGCUCUGUCUUUGAGUUCUCGUUCAUUUGAUGAAACCUUAAAUGAAACAGAGGUGGUACUAACAUUUUACCAUAUGGUGAAAGGCGAAUAUUUGAUGGAUUUGUAUAGUGAAACUAAAAUUGACCUUGAAAAAUCUCUGAAGAUCACUGAGCUUUUCUUGUUCAGAAUGCUGGAAGGUCUAACUUCGCACAAUAUCGCACAUGAGUAUGUUGCAUUUUAUUCUCGAAAUCUUCUACCUUUAUCUAAAAUAGUUUUGGUUUGGGAAUCAUAUAUGGAAUGUGUGUGGAAGAUUAUAUCAGACUUUUACACAUCAAAAAAGUGUCUGGAUUAUCAAGCCAGUCAUAUUGCUAUUGCUGCCAUUCAGGCAGCCCUUACAAACAUUGAUGUUCAGCCAACAAUUUCUGAUGAAUGGCAUAAGUUAUUUUGUCCUGAUUUAACUGCUAAAAUGAAGGAUCAAAUUGUUGAAGAUAUUCUUGAAAUUUGUAAUCUAGCUUGAAUUAUGACGUGGACUGUUGUAUUGUGGACAUGGACAUAGUUCUUAUGGACUGUUUUAAAAAUAUGUCAAUUUUUUGUUACAUAUAUUGGGAUUUUCAUAUAAUUUAAUAUAGCUUGUAAAAGUUCAGUUAGAUUAGAAGAUAUACAUUUAAGAACUUAUGAUACUUUCCAAAAGCAUUGUAAAAAACUGUUAGUUUCAUAAAUCUCCUUUAAUGCCUCUGGUGGUGUGGGAGGUUGAAUUUCUCAUUUUUCUAGUACAGAUGAUUUUCUAGUUUAAUCUGCAGCUAAAGUGUCAAGCGUCUGCAGCUUGAACAGUGAGCCACUAUAAAUCGAAUCACUCGGUGUAGAAUUUAAAAGCGGUUCGGUAAAAGUUACACUCAUUGUAUAGUAAGGUUCAGGUUUAGUAUCGAAAAAAGUGAAAAAUGUAUGAGCAUUUUCCAAUUUUGAAUUCCUAAUUCCAUUAUUACUAAUGAAUCAAGUUAAUUUUAUACACAUUUCGGGACAUGUAUUAUCUUCUAUUCUAAUUGAGCUAUGCUAAAUUUGCUGUAUGUUAGUGGUCUCAUGCUGUGAUUCACUUAAGCGAAUAAAAUCUAAUUUUUGUUAUUGAUUUUAUGAUCACUUAAAGAGAUGCUUGAGCAAAAAAAUAUCAUGAGAAAGACUAAUCAUAUUCUCUCCCCCCCCCAAAAAAAAAAUCCUUAGUACCUCUUAAAGCUAACAUUCCGAAUUUAAUGCAUCACAUUAUUGAAAAGCAUUUAAAAUUGGGUAGUAGCAUCAUAAAGCACUGGAGGAAAGAAUGUCAUGAGAGGAACUUUCUAAAGGAACCUGGCUUGUAUUUUAUAUUAUGUGAUGGAAAAGCCAAGGAGAUUAAAAUAAAGGAUUCAAAAAGCAUACAGUUGAUUUUCAGUUUAUCAACUCUGUGAUUUAACAAUAUAUUGACUAAAUGUAAGUUUUCACUAAACUAGCCCAGAAUGUAUAAAAUCAACAACAAAUGAUCCUCAGUUUAGCAAUAUUUUUUCUUGAACAAUAAUAAAUUAUUGUUCACUGUUAUUUUUACUCCUGUAUUGGAAGUAAAGGAAGUACUGUACUCGUGAAAAUUUUCAGUUAUCAGAUUUCAAUGGAAAUAUCCAUUUUGACUACUUUUUUUGCAUGAUGAUUAAGAAUAAUUUCACAAAAAGAAAAAGUAAUUACACUGUAAUAUCACUUAUUUGUUUUAUAUAACACUUUGAAAUAGAAGAAAUGCCGUCCACGUGACAACACAGCACACAUCACUCAAAGCACUGUAGCAAUUUAAAAAAAAAA